AUGGCUUCAAACAUUUGUCUUUAUUUGUGGUUUUUCUAUAUUACAAAUAUUCAUUUCAUUUUCACAUUGGCUCACUUUCAUAAUUAUAUAAUUCAUAUGGAUUUAUCGGCAAUGCCAAAAGCAUAUUCAAACCAGCAUAGUUGGUAUAAAUCCACUCUUUAUAGAGUUACUACCACCAACAAUAAUCUGGAAAGUUCUACCUCUUCUAAGAUCAUUUAUACAUACACUAAUGUAAUGAAUGGUUUUAGUGCAAGUCUAUCACCUAAAGAGCAUGAAGCUCUCAAAACCUCCCAUGGCUACAUUUCUUCAAUACCCGAUUUACCUUUGAAGCUUGACACAACAUACUCACCUCAAUUCCUUGGUCUUAAUCCCUACAAAGGGGUGUGGCUAGCUUCUGAUUAUGGAAAAGAUGUCAUUGUUGGUGUGAUUGAUACCGGUGUUUGGCCAGAAAGUGAAAGUUUCAAUGAUAAUGGAUUUACUAAAAUUCCUUCAAAAUGGAAAGGGAAAUUAUGUCAAUUUGAAAAUACCAACAAUUCAUCUUUUUGCAACAAAAAACUCAUUGGAGCAAGAUUCUUCAACAAAGGGUUCUUGGCGAUGAAUUCCACCAUUGAUACAACAACAGUGAACUCUACACGUGACACAGAUGGUCAUGGAACCCACACUUCAACAACGGUAGCGGGGAAUCAGGUUAAUGGUGCAUCAUUCUUCGGUUAUGCAAAUGGAACAGCAAGAGGAAUAGCCCCGUUAUCUAGAGUAGCAGUGUACAAGGCAUUGUGGCCGGGAACAAAUGGAAAAGCACUUUCAUCUGACACAAUAGCUGCAAUUGAUGCCGCAAUAUCAGACGGUGUGGAUGUUCUUUCAAUAUCAUUAGGCUUCAACAAUGCAUCUAAUUUGUAUGAAGAUCCAAUUGCAAUAGCCACUUUUGCAGCUAUGGAAAAAGGUGUUUUUGUGUCUACUUCAGCAGGUAAUAAUGGACCUUCCUUUAACACUCUUCACAAUGGAAUACCAUGGGUGAUAACUGUUGCUGCUAGUACUUUAGAUCGUGAAUUUUUUGGGAAUCUUACACUUGGUAAUGGAGUCUCACUCACCGGCUUCUCUUCCUAUAUAGGAAACUUCUCUGCUAGUAAUAUUCCCAUUGUUUUCAAAGGUAUGUGUGACAAUUUUACAGAACUAAUCAGAGUGAAGAGCGAGAUUGUGGUUUGUGAAGACAAGAAUGAAAGUCUUUCUAAUCAAAUUUAUAAUGUGGUUAAAGCAGAAGUUGUAGGAGCUAUUUUUAUAUCAAACACAACACAAGAUGAUCUAUCAGAAGACUUACGGUACCUGCUUCCAUCCAUCAUUAUUAACCAGAAAAAUGGAGAAAUGGUCAAAGAUUACAUACAUAGUAACUUUAACUCUAGUUCAAUAGAAAAAAUGUCUUUCAAGAUUACAUCUUUUGGUGCUAAACCAGUACCUAGGGUGGAUUUUUAUAGUUCUAGAGGGCCAUCAAAGAGUUGUCCAUAUGUGUUGAAACCUGACAUUACAGCUCCCGGUACGUCAAUCUUAGCUGCAUGGCCUCCAAAUGUUCCUGUGUUGGAUUUUGGGUCUCAUAAAGUCGUCAACAAGUUCAAUUUUUUAACUGGAACAUCUAUGUCAUGUCCUCAUGUUGCCGGUGUAGGAGCACUUUUGAAAGGAGCACAUGCUGAUUGGAGCCCGACAGCUAUUAGGUCGGCAAUGAUGACAACAUCAGACAUAUUUGAUAACACUAAGGAACUUAUCAAAGACAUUGGAAAAGAUAACAUAGCAGCAACACCUUUUGCAUUGGGAGCUGGUCAUAUCAACCCUAAUAAAGCACUUGACCCUGGUCUUGUUUAUGAUAUUGGUGUACAAGAUUAUGUUAAUUUUCUUUGUGCACUUAACUUCACACAAAAACACAUUACUGCCAUAACAAGAUCAUCAUCCAAUGAUUGUUCUAAUCCUUCCUUGCAUCUCAACUACCCUUCUUUUAUUGCUUUUUUCAACGCUGGAAAUUCUUCUCCAAGGACAGCCCAAGAAUUUCACAGGACAGUUACCAAUGUUGGUGAAGGACAAACGGUUUAUGUUGCUAGCAUUACUCCAAUUGAAGGCUUCAAUGUCGGUGUUAUUCCAAAUAGGUUGGUGUUCAAUGAGAAGAAUGAGAAGCUAAGCUACAGGUUGAGGAUUGAACACCGACGAAUGACACAGAAGAAUGAAUUAUCUUUUGGAUAUCUCACUUGGAAGAAUGGGAAGCAUGUGGUGAGGAGCCCUAUUGUGGUAACAACGCCCAAUUUUAAUUUAAUAGAAAAUUAGCUCUUGUUACAUUUUGGUAUUGAAAUUUUAUAAAAAUAUAGGUAACCUUUAUAACUAUUUAAUCUAGACAGUAACUUUUAAUAGAAAUGUUGUCCUGAUCCCAAAAUUACAAGUCCAUUUCAGGUUGGUUUUUUUUUCAAAAGGCAAGAAGAUUAUAAUGUGAUGCUGAGUACAAUAUAUGACAUUUGAACUUUAAUAUUAGUA